AGGAGGAGGAUGAAAUGGGGCUGAUUAACCGUUUGGUGUUUCUAGAAAAUCGAUUUGGGGUCUGCGAAGCUGGUUCACUUUGACGGUGGCCAAAGGUUGCUGGAUACGACUUGUAAUUUGUUUGGGUACACAGCACAUGAAUUCGAAGACCUUGCCCAUUGAGUUAUUAGUCUCUAAUGCGGAAUCUGUGAGAUAUCAUAAUGACAUGCUUUCAGCAUUUGGCUCAACCCAGGAAAUAAAGCCUUCACGCUAUGGGAGUAUUCCGCCAUCAACUGGUAGUUCAUCCAUUUUGAAUCCAGAGAGGGAGGAGGAGAGGUUAAAGGACAGAGAAAAAGGGAAGACCAUAAAUAUUGAUCAUUUCAUGGAAGAGCUGAAGCAUGAACAUGAAUUGAGG